CCAUUACACUAAACCAUGUCGACGCCAUCGCCGACCUCCUCUCCUCCCUCUGAUUCAAACCCUAAUUCCGUCGCUACUCCGCCGCAUCAAAACCAACCACCCUCCACAUCGACUCCAACCCCUCCGCCACCACACAACACCGUCGUAGCCUUAGCCGCCUCGACCUCCGCCGUCGCCAGAAAAACCCAACCGGUUCUCUGGACACACGACGAGACUCUCCUCUUAAUCGAAUCCUACAAGGAGAAAUGGUACGCCAUUGGUCGAGGUCCCCUGAAAUCAAACCACUGGGAAGAGAUCGCCGUCGCCGUCUCCGGUCGCUCCGGCGUUGACCGGUCAGCGACGCAGUGUCGGCACAAGAUCGAGAAGAUGCGUAAAAGAUUCAGAGCUGAGAGACAGAGCAUGGGACCAAUCUCGAUUUGGCCUUUCUACUCUCAAAUGGAGGAGUUAGAUAGCAAUCCAGCUCCAAUAUCAGCUCGUCCUCUCACUCGUCUCCCUCCGAAUUCGAGUAAUCAUCACUACCAAGAAGAUGAAGAAGAAGAAGAAGAAGAAGAAGAAGAGGAUUACGAAGAAGAAGAAGAAGAAGAAGAUGAAAAACAGAGCAAAUCGAGAAGUAUCAAUUACAUACUGAGAAGACCAGGAACGGUAAAUAGACUCGCCGGAGUUGGUGGAGGAUUGUUGCAAUGGGGACAAAGAGAGAGAUCGAAGAGGAAGAGGAGAGAAGAUGAUGAAGGAGGAGGAGGAGGUGAGAAGAGGAGGAAAGGAGCGAGAGCAGUGGCUGCUGAGAUUAGAGAGUUUGCUGAGAGAGUGAUGGUGAUGGAGAAGAGGAAGAUGGAGUUUGCUAAAGAGACGGUGAAGAUGCGUAAGGAGAUGGAGAUGAAACGGUUAAAAUUGAUUCAGAGUUCUCAAACUCAGCUUCUUCAGUUUCUUAACACUGCCUUUGAUUCUUUCUAAAAGAAAUUUUUAGUCUUUUUCUUUUCAACUUUUGAAGCAUAUAAUCAGAGCCAAAAAAUUCAACUCUUGCCAUUAUCAGAGAGCUCAAGUGGUUAACUAAGAAGAAGAUCAGGUCUCUGUUCCGACAUAAUGAUAUGGUCUAGUCUGAAAGACCAAGAUUGUGUUUGUCUUUUUUUUUUUUAUAAAAACUCAAAACUUUUGUAAACAUUUUCAUAAAUCUCUGACAAA